UCGAACGCUAUAUGUCAAACAAAAAUGUUCAAUUCAAAAUGACAGGACACUGGACAGAGGUCCAUGUUGUUUUGUUUUUAUUUGAUUUUGUAAAUUAAAUGCUUGUUGCACUUUAAUUUGUUUUUAGUAAAAAUAAAUAGUUGCUCUACCAUAGUGCUACUUUAAAUAUACAUUUUGGUAAAAAUGUCUUCUUCGGGGGAAGUAGGUACCAGUACCCAAGAUGCGGCACCGGCUAAUCCCAUUGUGGGCAUCAUUUACCCGCCUCCUGAGGUUAGAAACAUUGUCGACAAAACAGCCAGUUUCGUGGCAAGAAAUGGUCCCGAAUUCGAAGCUAGGAUUCGUCAAAACGAAUUGGGAAACCCGAAAUUUAACUUUUUGAAUUCGGGAGACCCUUACCAUGCUUAUUAUCAGCAUAAGGUUAAUGAAUUUAGAGAAGGGAAAGCUCAAGAACCUUCCCUUGCUCAAGGAAUAUCUAAGCUGACAGUAUCUGCAAGUCAGCAACAGAAACAACAUGACAUUCUUAAACAAGUUGAGCAACCGUUUGUACCAAAGGAUCCACCCAGUGAUUUUGAGUUUAUUGCUGAUCCACCUUCCAUAUCUGCUUUGGAUUUGGACAUUGUAAAACUAACGGCCCAAUUUGUAGCAAGAAAUGGUAGAACUUUCUUGACCCAACUCAUGAACAGGGAACAGAGAAACUUUCAAUUCGAUUUCCUACGCCCUCAACAUUCUCUAUUCCAAUAUUUCACCAAAUUGCUUGAACAAUAUACAAAGAUUUUAAUUCCUCCAAAAACCCUCCAGCAAAAGUUAAGAGACGAAAUCGUAAGCCACCAAACCAUUCUAGAUGAAGUCAAGUACAGGGCCGAGUAUCAAAAAUACCAAGAAGCCCAAAAAGCCAGAGAAGAAGAGAUACUAGAACGCGAACGAGUUGCCUAUGCUCAAAUUGACUGGCACGACUUUGUAGUGGUAGAAGCGGUCGAUUACCAAGCAUUCGAAAUCGGUAAUUUCCCACCUCCAACCACCCCAGAAGAAGUAGGCGCCAGAAUUCUGAUCCAAGAACGUAUAGAAGACGGCGAAGACAUCGAAAUGCAACUUGAAAGUGACGACGAUGAACCUACAAAUGUAGAUUCAGGCCUCAGUCAUAUGGAAGACAGAACAGGCCCUACAAGCCGUAAAGAUAACAAUCAAGUGCAAGAUAUGGACGAGGAGAGUUCAGAGGAGGAAUAUGAAAGAGAACAGCCACAACCCAUACAACCACCUAUGCCUCCGGCUUUGGAUAAAGUGGUUGUUAAAAAAUAUGAUCCUAAAAAACAAACACCAAAAGUUACCAGACCAACUCCAGGGGAUGAUUAUUUGGUCUCGCCAAUUACAGGAGAGAAAAUUCCUGCUAGUAAAGUGCAGGAACAUAUGCGAAUCGGUUUGUUGGAUCCUAGAUGGGUGGAACAACGUGAUAAACAUGUUACAGACAAAAUGAAUCAAGAUACAGUUUAUGCUCAAGGUCCAGCCAUAGAGGCCAGUUUAAAAUUAUUGGCCGAACGUCGUACCGAUAUUUUUGGUGUGGGAGAUGAGGAAACUGCCAUUGGUAAAAAAAUUGGAGAGGAAGAAAGAAGAGAUGAGAAGGUCACUUGGGACGGGCACACUUCUAGCGUGGAGGCAGCCACUAGGGCUGCAAGGGCUAAUAUCACUUUGGAAGAUCAAAUACAUCAAAUUCACAAGGUUAAAGGUUUACUUCCUGACGAAGAAAAAGAAAAAAUUGGUCCUAAGAACUUGCAAGGCUCAAACAAAAUGAAAAUGCCACCGGCUCCGAUCAUUAAACCUCCACCACCAGUUUUGACAGCGCCUUCUACAACAUCGAUAGGUAUUCCUGUACCUCCUCAACCUCAGAUUAUGGUACAACCACCUAUAAUGAUGAUGCCGGCACCACCAAUGGCACCAAUGAGACCACCACUUAUGAUGCCCACCCAUCCACCUAUGGCAGGUUUUGUAACUCCAAUGCCUCCACCCAUGGGUUUACCGCCAAUGCCAGUAAAACACCCAAACGAUGGUCCUUCAGAGGAAGAGCCUUCCAAUAAGAAAUUGAGAAAUGAAGAUUCCCUGGUGCCAGAAGAAAUAUUUUCGGCAAGAAAUCCGAACCCGGUUAAUAUAAAAGUGGCGAUUCCGUUGAUGCCUGAUAAACCCGAAUGGAAACUGACAGGUCAAAUGUUGUCGUUCACUUUGCCUAUAGGUGAAAAUGUGGGAAAUUUGAAAGUCAAGAUACAAGAGGAAGUCAACAUGCCUCCAACGAAACAGAAAUUGUUGUUUGAUGGUAUGUUUUUCAAAGAUCAGAACACUUUGGCUUAUUACAAUAUCACUCCGGGCGCUGUUAUUCAGUUGCAAUUGAAGGAGAGAGGUGGCAGGAAGAAAUAAGUUUUGAAUUAUUGGAUUCAAGGAUUUUUCUUAUUGUAUUGAUUGGUGUAAUGAUAAAGGGACAUAAUUAAGUAUAAAAUCAGUAUUGUAAUCAUUUCCCACAAUUAUAAUCAAUCAAAAUUCAAUAAUCAUUUCAAUGGUAAUUAUU